AUGGAACUGGAGAAUGGAGAUGCAGGUUUGAUGCGGAAUUAUGAGCAGAAGAAGCUGAUGGAAGCGGCUGAAGUCACCCUGUUAAUGACUUGCUAUGCAUUUAUCGUUGAAGAGGGUAAGGUCAUUUUUUCUUCAACUUCACUUGCAGAUCUGGAAAAUGUGGAGAAACUUCCUAUGGUACUUGAUUGGGCAAUCGGAAAUGAGUCCUGCGAAGCAGCAAAAAUGGUUAUAUGUCAAGGAAAAAGCAGAUGUAUUGAUUCUAAAAACAGAACUGGGUACCUUUGCGAGUGCUUAGAUAGUUAUGAAGGAAACCCAUAUCUCCCUGGUGGUUGCAGAGACAUCGAUGAAUGUAAGGUUCCUAGUCUCAAUAAAAGCAAAGAAACCUGUGUUAACAAAAAAGGGAACUACACAUGUUUAUGCCCCAAGGGGCACCAUGGGGAUGGAAGAAAAGAUGGACAAGGUUGCAUUCUUGAUCAAUCAAAAGUAAUUCCCGUCACUUUGAUGUUUACAGAGCAGCUUAUAUAUUUAUGCUUCUAUAUAUAUGCCAUGCUCGCAGGGGUUAGCGUAGGCCUUGUAGUACUGUUAAUAGGUAGCACUUGGUUGUAUUGGGGAUUCAAGAGAAGGAAGCUCCUCAAACUCAAAGAGAAGUUUUUCCGCAAAAAUGGCGGAUUUUUGUUACAACAACAACUAUCAAGAGGAAGAGAGGAGGGAACCACAAUAAAAACUGCAAAAAUCUUUACUGCUGAGGAACUCGACAAGGCUACCGACGACUAUGAUGAAAGCAGAAUUGUUGGCCGUGGGGGAUAUGGUACAGUUUACAGAGGGAUUUUGUCAAAUGGAAAAGUUGUUGCAAUUUAGUCAAAAGUAGUGGAUCAAAGUCAAGUUGAGCAAUUCAUUAAUGAGGUGAUCGUGCUUUCGCAAAUCAAUCACAGGAAUGUGGUAAAGCUUUUAGGUUGUUGCUUGGAGACAGAAGUUCCAUUGCUAGUUUACGAAUUUGUCACUAAUGGCACCCUCUUUGAUCACAUCCAUGAUAAAACCAAAGCUUCUGCCAUUCCAAGGGAAAAACGUUUAAGGAUAGCUGCAGAAACUGCAGGAGUGCUAUCAUAUUUGCAUUCUUCAGCUUCAGUACCAAUCAUCCAUAGAGAUAUCAAGUCCACAAAUAUUCUAUUAGACGAUCAUUAUACUGCCAAAGUGUCUGAUUUUGGUGUUUCAAGGUUGGUGCCUCUGGAUCAAGAAGGAUUAUCUACAAUAGUGCAAGGUACACUUGGCUACUUAGAUCCUGAAUACUUGCACACAAGCGAACUAACCGAGAAAAGCGAUGUUUAUAGCUUUGGAAUUGUGGUUGUGGAGCUACUCACUGGUAAGAAGGCACUUUCCUUUGACAGGCCUGAGAAUGAAAGAAAUCUGGCCAUGUAUUUUGUCACUGCUAUGAAAGAAAACCACUUGGCAGAGAUUUUUGAUGAUUGUGUAACGAAUGGGCAUCAAGUUGCUAACCUUGCAAGGCAGUGUGUGACAGUGAAAGGGGAGGAAAGGCCAACCAUGAAGGAAGUAACCAUGGAACUGGAGGGGCUGAUAAUUUUAAAGCAUCCAUGGCUGAAAGAUGAGCCAAAUUUGGAAGAAACAGGGCAGUUGCUUGGAGAAUCAUCAGAUAAUGCUAGUCAUGGUGGUGAAACGACUGCUGGAUAUGAUAGUAUGAAGAACCAGGAAGCUGUAACUGUACGUGUUGGAAGAUGAUUCCCCAGUUGUCUGACGAUGCAAUUCCUUUUAUU